AUGGCAAAGGUUAUAAGAAAUCGAUGGGUGUAUCGACCGCAUGGUAGAUGGCAUCGCUACCUUCCCCGAAGGAACGAUGCAAUAAAGGAGUUCAACUAUGAAGCAGGAGGAUCUUUAGCUGAAUUCCAAGAGGAGAUGAAGAGCGAGGUUGAUGAAGAACCAAAAUCUACACCGUCCAAACUGUGGAUGGCUUGGUUGUAUCGCGAUUUGAGUGGUGAACCUUACUGGACAAAAAACCGCGUCGCGAAGUUGUUUGGCUCUGAUUAUAAGGUCGGAAAAGUGGAAGUGUUUCCGAAUACUGCAGCAACGAAUGAGGAUUUGUGGCAUAUAAAACAUCUUAUAGAAUUGAAACCCAUCACAUUUCCUAGUGGGGAACCAACUUCAGAUGACGUAUACGGAGUAAAACUUCAUCCGGAUGGACGCUGCGUAGUUGCAAAGGAUGCUGCACCUCUCACUGAAGAUCAACUACGUCUAUUUGAUCCAACGAAGCAGUGGAGCUCGAAGGAACUUAACACACAAUUGGCCAGUAAAUACUUUGGAUAUAAAGAUAUAUUCGAAGCUAAUGUUUACACCAAUUCAAACAUUAGCAUAGUAAAGUGA